GCCGGGCCAGGGGGCGCCUCGCGCGGCGGCGGCUUUCCACCGUGAUGCAGUGAGGCCGGGCCGGCAGGCGGGCGCGCGCGGGGCGGGGGCCGCUGCCGCGCUGCGGAGAUGUGACUCGGGCCGCGGGCCAGCGGGAGCGUCGGCGCUGCGAGGCCGCGGGGGUCGAUGAGGAAACUGAGGCAAGAAAGGUUCGAUCAGCUGCCCAGGGUCACAGGGCGCCAGCAAAUGGCAGGGGCAGGAUUUGAAACCGGAAGGUCUCACUCAGAAGUUCACGCGACUGGAUGAGGAGCAGGGCCGGGAGAACCAGUGGUGUGUGUGGCCUUCAGGCAGGCGCUGCCGUGCUUCUCACACAAGGAGUCUUGCCUGCAUCCUUUCCAGCCUCUGCAGGCCCCAGCUCAUGGAGAAAUGGAGAAAUGGAGCAUGCUGCUCCACCACCUGCCAGAGGCUUCUGGCCCCUCUGUGGGGUGGGGGAGAGAGAGAGAGAGAAAGAGAGAAAGAGAAAGAGAAAGAGAUGGAAUGUGUAUGUGUACACUUAAGAGCCUCUGAAUGAGUCACAUUUCUGGGAGCCCGGCUGGCAGCAAAGAGAGAAAGAUGAGAACCCGCCAGGUACUCGCCUUCCUCUUGCUCUUUGUGAUCGCCUCCGGGGCCUCUGAGAACGCCAGCACGUCCCGGGGCUGUGGGCUGGACCUCCUCCCUCAGUACGUGUCCCUGUGCGACCUGGACACCAUCUGGGGCAUCGUGGUGGAGGCAGUGGCCGGGGCGGGCGCCCUGAUCACGCUGCUCCUGAUGCUUAUCCUGCUGGUGCGGCUGCCAUUUGUUAAGGACAAGGAGAAGAAGGACCCUGUGGGCCUCCACUUCCUCUUCCUCAUGGGCACCCUGGGCCUCUUUGGGCUGACGUUCGCCUUCAUCAUCCGGGAGGAUGAGACCAUCUGCUCAGUCCGCCGGUUCCUCUGGGGCGUCCUCUUCGCGCUCUGCUUCUCUUGCCUGCUGAGCCAGGCGUGGCGCGUGCGGAGCCUGGUGCGCCACGGCAAGAGCCCUUCGGGCUGGCAGCUGGUGGGUCUGGCGCUGUGCCUGAUGCUGGUGCAGGUCAUCAUCGCCAUCGAGUGGCUGGUGCUGACCGUGUUGCGGGACGCGAAGCCAGCCUGCACCUACGAGUCCAUGGACUUUGUGAUGGCCCUCAUCUACGACAUGAUUCUGCUUGUGGCCACCCUGGGGCUGGCCCUCUUCACGCUGUGCGGCAAGUUCAAGAAGUGGAAGCAGAAUGGAGCCUGCAUCCUGGUCACAGCCUUCCUCUCUGUGCUCAUCUGGGUGGCCUGGAUGACCAUGUACCUCUUUGGCAACACCAGGCUGCAGCAGGGAGAAGCCUGGGGUGACCCCACCUUGGCCAUUACACUGGUGGCCAGUGGCUGGGUCUUCGUCAUCUUCCACGCCAUCCCUGAGAUCCAUUGCACCUCACAUGUGGGCGGAGCUAAGGCAGGCGGUCUGAGUGUGCACCGCCCCUCUGGGCAUCACAGCAAGGCUGUGCGGGCGGGGCUUCCUGAAAGCAGGCUCCCUUCAAAACCAGGGAGCAGGCGGGAGUGGCAUAGAGUCCUGAUGAAUGAGCCUCUCGUUCAUUCGGGGACAUUUGGCAGUGUCUAA